AUGGGGAUGUACCCUUUAUCAGUGCUUGUGUACCUCUUAUGGUGCAUGUUUCUAUGGCUAUUCCAAACACGACUUUGCGUUCUCAGUUCAAUGGAGUGUGGUGGUGGAGGGUAUUGGUUAGGAAACUGUCUGCAAGACUCGGAAUCAAGUUUGAGCAACAGCUCCUCCACGAGUUUUACUUCCAGCAAGGCUGAAAUAGCUGAAUUUUCUUCCUCAAUGAAGGAUUCUGUAUCCUGUGAAGAUCUGGGAGGAGUUGGAUCUUUUAAUACCACCUGCUUGCUACACUCUAAUGUGACUUUAGAAUCUGACCUCUAUGUUUAUGGCACAGGCAACCUUGGGGUACUUGCUCAUGUUUCGGUUCUGUGCCCUAGUGAAGGUUGUGUGAUUGCUUUCAAUAUGACUGGCACAGUUAACAUUGGGCAAUAUGCAGUGAUUAGUGCUGGAUCAGUUUUCCUUUCUGCUGCUAACUUGACCAUGGAAGAUAAUUCUUUCAUAAACACAACAGCAUUAGGGGGUUUGCCACCUUCUCAAACUAGUGGUACGCCAGUAGGGUUUGAUGGAGCUGGUGGAGGACAUGGUGGUAGAGGUGCUUCCUGUUUGAAAAAGAAAGACACAAGUAAUUGGGGUGGUGAUGUUUAUGGAUGGUCAUCAUUGGAUAGACCGUCGAGCUAUGGAAGUAAGGGUGGGGGUACCUCCUCCAAGAAAAAGUUUGGUGGGAAUGGCGGAGGACGUGUCAUGCUACAAGUGGAAGAGAUAUUUUACUUGAACGGAUCCGUUGUUGCAGAGGGUGGGGAUGGAGGCGUGGAUGGCGGAGGUGGAUCUGGUGGGAGUAUCUUUGUGCUUGCUGUAAAGCUGAAGGGAUAUGGAUUUAUAAGUGCAGCAGGUGGGAUGGGGCGUGGUGGAGGUGGUGGUGGAAGAGUUUCUUUGGAUUGUUACAGCAUACAAGAAAACGUGAAGGUUACUGUACAUGGUGGUUCCAGUAUAGGAUGUCCUGAGAAUGCUGGAGCAGCUGGUACAUAUUUUAAUGCCGAUUUGCUGAGUUUGAGGGUUGGAAAUGACAAUAUGACUACAGAAACGGAGACCCCUUUGCUAGUUUUUCCUACCGCUCCUCUAUGGUCAAAUGUUGUUGUGGAGAACAAUGCAAAAGUUUUAGUGCCCCUGCUAUGGAGUAGAGUUCAGGUUAGAGGCCAAAUAAGUUCGUACUGUGGAGGGAGCAUUGUGUUUGGAUUGGCUAAAUAUCCCGUGUCUGAAUUCGAGCUCGUGGCCGAAGAGCUUUUAAUGAGUAAUUCUGUUAUAAAGGUUUUUGGUGCAUUUAGAGUUGCUGUGAAAGUGUUGCUUAUGUGGAACUCCUCCAUUGAAAUUGACGGGCGUGGAAACACUGUUGUUACUGCUUCCAUCCUCGAAGUCAGAAAUCUGAUUGUUCUCAGGGCAAGUUCCGUCAUUAGUUCCAAUGCAAACUUGGGGGUCUAUGGUCAAGGACUAUUGAGGCUGACAGGCCAGGGUGAUGCAAUCAAAGGCCAACGACUUUCAUUGUCUCUAUUCUACAACAUAACUGUUGGUCCAGGUUCCCUACUUCAAGCUCCAUGGGGUGAUGAUGCCAGCAGAAGUUUGGUUACCAAGUCAAUGUGUGAGAGAGAGAUAUGCCCUGCAGAUAUCAUUGUUCCUCCAGAUGACUGCCAUGUCAAUUAUACAUUGUCCUUUUCACUUCAAAUCUGUCGUGUUGAAGACCUCCUUGUGAAUGGUAUUGUAAAAGGUAGUAUUAUCCACAUCCAUCGGGCAAGAACUAUCAUUAUUGAUACUGAAGGCUCUAUCACUGCAUCUGAAUUAGGGUGCAGUACGGGUAUUGGAAAAGGGGAGUACAUUAACAGAGCUGGCAGUGGUGCUGGGCAUGGUGGGCAAGGAGGUUCUGGAUAUUACAAUGGAAUAUUGAUCGAUGGUGGCAAUGCAUAUGGUAAUGCUGAUCUUCCUUGUGAGCUAGGGAGUGGAACUGAAGGUCCUAACCAGUCUUAUAGGAAUAUCAUUGGAGGAGGAAUGAUUGUCAUGGGCUCUACUCAUUGGCCGUUGUUAAGGCUCGAUCUGUAUGGGUCUUUAAGUGCUGAUGGCCAGAGUCCUCAUGACGUGUUAAUAGAGAAGAAUGAUUCUUUUAUUGGUGGACUUGGCGGUGGCUCUGGCGGCACCAUCCUUCUUUUCCUUCAGAUGCUAAUGCUUUCAGAGACUUCCAAUUUGUCUGCUGUUGGUGGCAAUGGUGGCUCUCUUGGUGGUGGAGGAGGUGGAGGCGGGAGAGUUCAUUUUCAUUGGGCUAACUUUGAAUCUGGGGAAGAAUAUGUUCCAGUAGCAAGCAUCAAUGGUACCAUUAAUAGUAGUGGUGGUGCUGGGGAUGAUGGUGGCCUUUUUGGUGAAGGUGGCACAGUCACAGGCAGAAGUUGCCCCAAAGGUCUCUAUGGUACAUUUUGUGAGGAAUGUCCUGUUGGCACCUUCAAAGUUGAGGAGGGCUCAGAGGAAAGUCUUUGUAUUCCUUGCUCUCUCAGGGUUCCUCCUGGACGUGCAUAUUUUGUAUAUGUGAGAGGAGGAGUUACUAAUACCUCAUGCCCAUACAAAUGCAUAUCUGACAAAUAUAGGAUGCCAAAUUGUUAUACCCCGCUUGAAGAGCUUAUGUAUGCAUUUGGAGGCCCUUUGCUGUUUGUCUUUGUUCUGUCUUGCCUGGUGGUGCUUAUAGCUCUAUUUUUUAAUACCUUAAGAAUUAAAUAUGUUCGGUCAAGUUCGUAUGGUCCAAAGUCAGUUGCCCAUCAAAGUCAUCAUCACUUGCCGCAUCUACUAUCUCUCUCUGAGGUGCGGGGAACUAGAGCUGAAGAAACUCAGAGUCACGUUUAUAGAAUGUACUUUAUGGGUCCCAAUACUUUCAGGGAACCUUGGCAUCUUCCCUACUCUCCUCCCGAUGCUAUAAUUAGUAUAGUGUACGAGGAUGCUUUCAAUAGAUUUAUUGAUGAGAUAAACUCUGUUGCUGCAUAUGAUUGGUGGGAAGGGUCGGUACACAGCAUACUUUCUGUGCUUGCCUAUCCUUGUGCCUGGUCAUGGAAACAAUGGCGGCGUAAAGUAAAAGUUCAUCGGCUUCAGGAAUAUGUCAAGUCUGAAUAUGAUCACUCAUGUCUCCGUUCUUGCCGAUCACGAGCCUUGUACAAAGGAAUGAAGGUUGGAGCAACUCCAGACUUGAUGGUUGCCUACAUUGAUUUUUUCCUCGGCGGGGACGAGAAACGUUUCGACAUUGUAUCUACUAUUAAAAAGAGGUUCCCCAUGUGUAUAUUGUUUGGUGGGCAUGGAAGCUAUAUGUCACCCUAUAAUCUUUGCAGCGACACGUUGAUAACCAAUCUUCUUGGUCAGCACAUCCCUGCAAGUGUCUGGCAUCGUUUGGUGGCUGGCUUAAAUGCUCAGUUGAGGACUGUGAGGAAUGGAUCUAUCCGCACCACGCUAAUUCCUGUUAUUGAUUGGAUAAGGAGCCAUGCAAAUCCACAAAUUGAAUUCCACGGAGCCAAAGUAGAGCUUGGAUGGUUUCAAGCUACAGCCUCUCAUUACUAUCAGCUGGGGAUAUUGGUAGUUACCGGUGAAUAUGCGUUCCAGAGUACAUGGGAGGCAGACAAGUCUGAUAGAAUGGACGUUAAAAAACCAAGGGAGAGUGCCUCAUGUUCAAGCAGGCAUCUUCAGCAGCCACUGAAUGAGUUGCCAAGCAUAAAUCAAGCUUCAUCUCGUAAGAAGCUGACUGGAGGAAUUAAUGGAGGUGUUAUUAAUGAGGUUACAUUGAAAUCUUUGGAUUAUAGAAGGGACUUCCUCUUCCCGCUCUCUCUCUUAUUGCAUAAUACAAGACCUGUUGGUCGUCAGGACACUGUUCAGCUUUUCAUUAUGAUCCUGCUUCUGGCCGAUCUUUGUGUCACUCUUCUAACAUUGCUUCAGUUCUAUUGGAUUUCUUUGGGAGCCUUCCUUGCCGUGCUGCUGAUACUUCCUCUGUCCUUGCUUUCUCCAUUCCCAGCCGGUGUGAAUGCCUUAUUCAGCAGAGAGCCUAGAAGAGCUUCACUUGCUCGCAUAUAUGCACUGUGGAAUGCUACAUCUUUAUCUAAUCUUGUUGUAGCUUUUAUCUGUGGCAUCAUCCAUUAUGAUCUUUAUUUCUGGAAGUCGGUUGACGAGGGAAACACAUGGAACAUUGGGAGGGAGGACGAUGGAUGGUGGCUUUUGCCAACGGUCCUUGCGCUAAUGAAGUCGAUUCAAGCUCGUAUUGUGGAUCUCCACAUUGCUAAUCUUGAGAUUGAGGAUUUCUCUCUCUUCUGUCCAGAUCCUGACGCUUUCUGGGCAUAUGAAUCUGGUCCUUGA